AUGGCAUCUACCACCCGAGCUUCGUACUCUAGAUUUGUCUUGGGUCCCCCCGAGUCGACAAAACGCGCUCUGGUUUUACACGAUCUCACUUGCUCCUCUCAGACGAUGAAGCAUGUGGCUGAAGGACUUGCAUCACAUGGAUAUCUCGUUACAGUCCCUGACUUCCCUGGGCAUGGCUUCGCGCCUCGCCAGGAAUCCUACAGCUGGGAGGACAUGAUGGAGUUCGUAAAGUCGCUACUCCAUGAAACCACGUAUGACCUCGUGGUAGGACAUUCAAUGGGCGGCCUGCUAGCGCUCCGCGUCCUCCACCAGCUCCCUAUUAUAUACGCGACUCGGCAGCAGCCCUUGCGGGUCGUCAUGGUUGACAUCGGAAUUUCCCAGAGUAAAGAGGUCGUGGAGCCGUUUAUCACCACGUUCAGAAGUCUUACAGAGCAUGCGCCAGAACCUAAUCUUUACAUGAAGUCGUACCCGCGCUGGACUAGGCAGGACGCAAUGCUUCAGGUCCUCGCGAAUGAACUGUGUGACCCAGAAGUGGUUUACCCGUUACUUUUAAAGCCAGAUCCUUGGGAUUUCACCCAGUAUCUCGUCGAUAUUCCACCAUGUGUCCAGCCUACUUUCGUGGUGGGCGACCCUGAGGUUCGCGGACUAUGUCGUGUCAGCGUUCUCGACGGGUAUCCUAACUUCAAGGUUAAAGUUAUAACGGGAUCCUCGCACUGGAUUCCGUACGAGUUUCCAGAGGAGCCUCCAACCCGCCUCAAGCAUUCCCCUCGCCCACCACUAGCUAUGUCGUACUCCUCUAGACAUGUCAUAGGCUCCCCUGAAUCAACAAAACGCGCUCUACUUUUACAUGGCCUCACCUGUUCGUCCCACGGAAUGAAAUCCAUUGCCGAAGGCCUUGCAUCGCACGGAUAUCUCGUUACAGCCCCCGACUACCCCGGACAUGGCUUCGCGCCCCGUCAGGCAUCCUACAGCUGGGAUAACCUACUGGACUUCGUAAAAUCGCUGCUCGAGGAAACCACGUAUGACCUCGUCAUAGGCCACUCGAUGGGUGCCUUGUUGUUGCUUCGCCUCGUCCACCAGCUCCCUGCGGCCUACGCGGCCCGAAACCAGCCCCUGCGCGUCGUUCUGAUCGAACCUGCAGUUCUGCUGGGGAAGGACACGCUGGAACCCUUGAUCGGCAUGUUCAGAAACCUCACGGAGAAGGCGCCAGAGCCGGAGUUUUAUGCUAAGUUGUAUCCUCGCUGGACGAAGCAGGAUGCGAUGGUCCAUGUGCUCGCGAAUGAGCUAUGCGAUCCUGAGGUGGUUCAUCCGAUGCUUUCCAAACCGGAUCCAUGGGACUUUAGGGAAUAUCUUAUCGAUAUUCCAUCGUUUGUGCAAGCCACUGCCUUGCUGGGAGAUCCCGAGGCGGGCGGACUAUGUCGUCUCAGCGAUUUCGACGAUCUUCCGAACCUCACUGCCAAGAUCAUCCCAGGCGUCUCGCACUGGGUCACAUACGAAUCCCCUGAGGAGGUAGUCCAAGCUUCAAUCCGCUAGAAUCGAGCGCGUUCGAGCGUGAUCACACUGCGAGUUAAUAAGUAUCAUAGUUUUUCGUCGAAUUGUCAUAAAUACAACUACUGGUACAGCCAGCGACUAGACCGACAUG